UGAAGUUGAACAUCCGAAACUCCUCAACCGCCAUCCAUGUCUUCCAUUCUCUGUUAUCCCUCACUCAUUUCUCCGUCAUUUCCCCUCCAUAAACGAAUCCCUCUCCGGCGAAGAACCCAAUUUCGAUUUCUCUCCAUUAGAUCCUCCAUCGACGAGAGGGAUCCCCCAACGCCGGCGAAGCUCAACAACUCGACCAACACUUCAAAAUCCGGUUCCUGGGUUAGCCCAGAUUGGCUCACUUCUCUGACUCGCUACAUUACCCUAGGUCAGGGUGACGACUCCGGCAUUCCCAUAGCCAGUGCGAAGCUCGAUGACGUUUCCGAUCUGCUCGGCGGUGCUCUUUUUCUUCCGCUUUUCAAGUGGAUGAAUGACUAUGGACCUAUUUACAGGCUCGCCGCUGGGCCUAGGAAUUUCGUUGUGGUUAGUGACCCUGCCAUUGCUAAGCAUGUUCUUAGGAAUUAUGGGACUUACGCUAAAGGGCUUGUUUCUGAGGUCUCCGAGUUCUUGUUUGGGUCCGGUUUUGCGAUUGCUGAAGGCCCGCUUUGGACGGUUCGCCGUAGGGCUGUGGUUCCAUCUCUUCACAAGAAGUACUUAUCCGUUAUUGUUGAUCGAGUAUUCUGUAAAUGUGCCAUGAGAUUGGUGGAGAAGCUGCAAGAGGAUGCAUUAAAUAAUAAUUCAGUUAACAUGGAGGAAAAGUUUUCUCAACUAACUCUUGAUGUUAUUGGUCUAUCUGUAUUCAACUACAGUUUUGAUUCUCUCACUACUGACAGCCCUGUGAUUGAUGCAGUUUACACUGCUUUGAAAGAGGCAGAGGCUCGUUCUACUGAUAUUUUACCAUAUUGGAAGAUUAAGGCUCUGUGUAAAAUAAUCCCAAGACAGAUAAAAGCCGAAGAAGCAGUUACAGUGAUUCAAAGAACUGUUGAAGAUCUAAUUGCCAAGUGCAAAGCAAUUGUGGAAAUGGAGGGUGAGCGCAUCGAUGAGGAGGAAUAUGUGAAUGAUGCUGAUCCAAGUAUCCUUCGUUUCCUGCUGGCCAGUAGACAAGAGGUUUCAAGUGUACAAUUACGAGAUGAUCUAUUGUCGAUGUUGGUUGCUGGACAUGAAACUACCGGUUCUGUUCUGACUUGGACAUUGUAUCUUUUAAGUAAGGAUUCCUCAGCAUUGAACAAGGCGCAAACUGAAGUUGAUAGAGUCUUACAAGGAAGGCCUCCUUCCUACGAAGAUACAAAGGAACUUAAAUUUUUGACGCGUUGUAUCCUUGAGUCAAUGCGCCUUUAUCCACAUCCACCUGUUUUAAUAAGAAGAGCUCAAGUUGCUGACGUGCUUCCUGGAAAUUACAAGGUUAAUGCUGGUCAAGAUAUCAUGAUUUCAGUAUAUAACAUCCAUCGCUCGUCCCAGGUUUGGGAACAAGCAGAAGAGUUCAUACCAGAAAGAUUUGACUUGGAGGGUCCUGUGCCCAAUGAAAGCAAUACAGAUUUCAGAUUUAUACCGUUCAGUGGAGGACCCCGAAAGUGUGUUGGCGAUCAAUUUGCCUUGCUUGAAGCUAUAGUUGCACUUGCCAUUUUUCUGCAGCAUUUGAACUUCGAGCUGGUUCCAGAUCAGACCAUUGGGAUGACUACUGGAGCAACUAUACAUACAACAAAUGGUUUGUACAUGAAACUCAGCCAAAAGCAGAUGACCCCAGGAUUAGCUUCCCCUGCUUCAAGGUAAAUGUUGAAAAUGUACAUAAUAUCACGUUAGGGAGUUGAGAGAAAAAAGAUAGAAUUAGUUCUUUUAAAUUCUGUGCUGAUUCUUUUGUCUAUAGACAAUCACUUAAUCAUAUAUACAUACUGAAGAAUCAUUUGAUCUAGAUUCCUGUGGUAAUAAGAUGCUUGAGAAUAGUAUUAUGAUAUA